AUGACCAGCGCGCGAACGCCCCGGCCCUCCGCCGUCCGCACCCCCUCCAACGCCUAUGCUCCCCAGCGGCGCCCCCAGCAAUACUCGCUGGACCGCAACCGCCACCGAGCCUCGUCUACCAACCGCUCUCGCCGCAACCCCAACGCCGAAUAUCGCGCGCAGGAAAGAGCCUAUGUCGAGCGCAUACGGCAGGACGCUCCCGACAACGACGGCGCCUUCUUCAGCCCCGACGUUCGCACUCCCAGCCUGGGCUAUAGCACCGAGGGCUCCGACACGGACGACGAAUCACCCUCCACCGAGCGAGACUACCUGGAAAAUGACCCAUACGACCAAGAAACUCUGCUAUACUACGGAAACGACGAUUUGGAGCCGUCGGUGGAGGAACUCCGCAUACCCGAAAACCGUGAAAGGCUGGAGUGGCAUUCCAUGUUGGCGAGCGUCUUGACCGGCGACGUUGUCAAGCAGGAGAAGAAGCGUCUGAUUGGCGCCGGUGAGCAGCAGGGGGACAAUACCAUGAAGUCCGAGAUCUGGAUGGGAGUAAGAGCAAAAUGUUGUGGUCGAACUUUGCAAGCGCAGAGGCGACUUAUUGACGAUGGACGGGCCAAAGCCAAGUCCGUGAUUGAGGAAAUCAUCGCUUUCGAAAUCAAGGGCGAAGCCGAGGUGGGAAAGACUGCUGCAGAACAGGUUGCACAUAUGGUCAAGAAGAUUGAGAAGUGUGAGAACCUCUAUCCUACAUGGCAACAGCUGGAGCUUGCGCAGCCCCGCGCAGCGUCUUCAGCAUUCCAUGAGAGCUGUGAUUCCAUUAUUGCAUGGCACAACACGACGCAGCUCAUCAAUACGGAAUUAUCUAUCCUUAGAAGCUGGGUCGGGAACGAAGAGUUGGAUUUUACAAGGAGAAGAGAUCGCGCUGAACAGGACGGCCAUCUCACCGACGAUGCAUCGUUCAUUGACAGGAUCCUGAAAGAAGAUGGCCUAAAGUCUCUGCAAGGCGAGGACAGUCUACUGGUUGGACUGAACCAAGUCAUCAAUAAAGCAAAGGCUACCCUGAUUGCGAACGCGACCGCCUUUACCGACCGCCACCUUCCACCGUACAUCGAGGAGCUUCUGACGUUGAUCAACUUCCCCUCUCGUCUAGUCCAGGAGAUUAUUCGUAUGCGUUUAUCGUACGCCAAACGCAUGAAGGAUCCCGCGCAACAGGGAUCUAUGAUGGCAGAGCAGAUGAUAUCACAGUUUCAAAUCCUUCUCAAACUUGCCAUCAGGAUCAAGGAGGCAUACAACGUCGUCUCCCAGCCGGAGCCAGGUUGGGAACCCCCACCAUGUAUCGAGGAGAAUUUCGACGCCGUUGUCCUAGACGCUCUCCGAUUCUACUUCAAGAUGCUCAGCUACAAAUUGUCUCUGAACAAGAACACCUUCAAGGAGGCUGAAAUCUUGGAACAGGAGUGGGAGUUUGCGAAGUCUCUGGGCAAGAACCUGGAAAGCGGUGACGUAGAGGUGGCAGAACAGUUCAGCUAUUUGACACAAAAGUCCCUCUCUCGGCUUACCGCGCACUUCGAAAGGGAACUACAACGCCGUCCUGAGGAAGUAGCGUCUGACGUGGAUAAGCGCUACAAACAAAUCUUGGAUGCCGUCCGUGUUCGUCAAAGGAAGCUCUUCCGGUUCUCGAGAAUCUUGACUACCCGCUUUGAGAACUGCACCGAAUACAGCAUCAGCAUGGACAGUGAAUCCUUAGGCGAUGUCUACGAAGCUCUGGAAAUGAGCCAGCAUGUGCUUGUGGAGACGCUCCCCACGGCCGAGAACAAGGGAUUGUAUUUCAUUGCAUCCCCUGUUUUGAUGGAUCGCUCUCAGGAUAUCCAGUCUUUGCUAGGCACUUGCUACCAUACUGAUGAGAUCAUGGAGGACCCGACAAACCCUUACUUACUCAUUCUCAGGCCGGAAGAGCCUCUUUUUUGGAACGGCCCCAGGAUUGUAACCGAAGUUCGACAACCUCACCUCGAUAUCAAAACCGGACGAAUGCGCUUGGUUGCGGACGGUGCACAGGCAAGACUGGCUCAAGCCAAUGUUGGAUUCAUGCAGGCUACCAACCUUGCUCUGAACAAACUGGUAGACCAGAGAGCCAAUCUUCCUAGGGUGAACGUGGAACUUCAAAGGAUCAAGAAGGUGACCUACAAGCUGUCUAACACCAUCAUGGACAGUGUUGAGAUCAUCAGAAAACAAACCGUUGGCCUCGAGUGCUCCGAGCUUAUCCAAACAUGCUUCGCCUUCGCCACGGAGUUUGGUCAAAGAUCGGUCUAUUACAUGGACUUCAACCGUCGAGCUCUGAACCAACUUAAGCUUACGCGCUUAGCUCUUGACUGGGUCAGCUUCAUCUGUGAUGACUGCGUGCCAUCAGAUCGCAGGACUUUCCGAUGGGCUGUCGUUGCGUUGGAGUUUGCUAUGCUGAUGACUAGGGGCCAAAACAUCCUGUCGCUCAACGGAGAAGAAUAUGCAAGGCUUCGUGCCAAAGUUGCUGGAUGCAUGUCGCUACUUAUCUCUCACUUUGAUAUCAUGGGAGCCAGGUCCACCAUGGCCGCGCAAGCUGAAAAGCAACGCAUUGAUGCCAUGCUGGGCAAGAACCGUCUGGACAUGAGGAACCUCAAGAACGAUGACGAGUCCAUGCGGGCUGUGCGUGAGCAAUGGCUCGAGCAGCUGGAGGCUAUCGACGCCAUCAGAAAAGAGAAGGAGGCCGAACGCCAGGCCCUCGGACGAGUCUUGGAAGACUCGAACGAAGCCGAUCGGGCUCUUACUUACCUGUCUGCGUCCGCUACUAACGUUACCCUGAGGUGGCAACAAGGACAAUUUAUCGGUGGCGGUACCUUUGGUUCCGUCUAUGCCGCCAUCAACCUGGACUCUAACCACUUGAUGGCCGUCAAGGAGAUUCGUUUACAAGAUCCGCAGUUGAUUCCGACCAUUGUCGGACAGAUUCGCGACGAGAUGGGUGUGUUGCAAAUGCUCGAUCACCCGAACAUUGUGUCCUAUUACGGUAUCGAGCCGCAUCGUGACAAGGUCUACAUCUUCAUGGAGUAUUGCUCUGGCGGUUCGCUCGCUGGCCUUUUGGAGCAUGGACGCAUUGAGGACGAAACGGUCAUCAUGGUGUAUGCGCUGCAGAUGUUGGAGGGUCUGGCAUAUCUCCACGACAGCCGCGUGGUGCACCGUGAUGUCAAGCCUGAGAACAUCUUGCUCGACCACAAUGGUGUCAUAAAAUUCGUGGAUUUUGGAGCCGCCAAGAUUAUUGCUCGCCAGGGAAAGACCAUGGCUGCCGAGCACGCUGCGACCCGCCAAGGCAAGCAGAACAAGUCGAUGACCGGUACGCCCAUGUACAUGUCUCCUGAAGUCAUCAAGGGCGAGAACAAAGGCCGUCUCGGCGCUGUGGACAUCUGGUCUUUGGGAUGUGUAAUCCUUGAGAUGGCCACUGGUCGCCGCCCUUGGGCUAGCCUUGACAACGAAUGGGCCAUCAUGUACAACAUCGCCCAAGGCAAUCCUCCACAAAUGCCCACAAGAGACCAGCUCAGUGAGCAAGGUAUCGACUUCCUGAAGAGUUGCUUUGAGCGCGAUCCGGGCAAGAGGGCCUCUGCCGCAGAGUUGCUGCAGCACGAGUGGAUCAUGAUGCUGCGUAGCCAGCUGGAUCUUGAGCCGGCGACGCCGCAGACGCCGCUCAGCGAUUCUUCUUCCGGAUCGAACAGCUAUCAUUCGUCCAGGCACAACACCCAGCAGUAUUAG